AGCACCUCGGAGGGGAAGGGAACCGGCGGGUGGGAAGGGCUGCCCCUCCCGAGGGCCAGAACCCAGUUCCUAUUUCACUUCAGCGCUGGAGGUGCGGCGUGCGGGCGAGGGGGACCCGGGAGACCCCCGCCUCGGCCCCUCCUGCCGGACUGGCACACCAAGGACAGGGCAGCCAGGUUUGGGUGUCCCCCGGCCGGCAGGAUGGAAGAGGAAGGCCCCGAGUAUGGCAAGCCUGACUUCGUGCUUCUGGACCAAGUGACCAUGGAAGACUUCAUGGAGAACCUGAAGCUCAGGUUUGAGAAGGGCCGCAUCUACACCUACAUCGGCGAGGUGCUGGUCUCCGUGAACCCCUACCAAGAGUUGCCACUCUAUGGUCCUGAGGCCAUCGCGCAGCACCAGGGCCGCGAGCUCUACGAGCGGCCGCCCCACCUCUACGCUGUCGCCAAUGCAGCCUACAAGGCCAUGAAGCGCCGGUCCAGGGACACCUGCAUUGUCAUCUCAGGGGAAAGUGGGGCAGGGAAGACAGAAGCCAGCAAGUACAUCAUGCAGUACAUCGCAGCCGUCACCAAUCCAAGCCAGAGGGCUGAAGUGGAGAGGGUCAAGGAGGUGCUGCUGGGCUCCACCUGCGUCCUGGAAGCCUUCGGCAACGCGCGCACCAACCGCAACCACAACUCCAGCCGCUUUGGCAAGUACAUGGACAUCAAUUUUGACUUCAAGGGAGAACCCAUCGGGGGACACAUCCACAGCUACCUGCUGGAGAAGUCUCGGGUCCUCAAGCAGCACGUGGGAGAAAGGAACUUCCACUCCUUCUAUCAGGUGCUGCAGGGGAGUGAGGAUAAGGUGCUGCAGGAACUACACUUGGAGAGGAACCCUGCUCUGUAUAAUUUCACCCGCCAGGGAGCAGGGCUUAGUACUUUAGAUAGCGAUGAGAAGAACUACCAAGCAGUGACCCAGGCUAUGAAGGUGAUUGGCUUCAGUCCCGAGGAGGUGGGCUCAGUGCAUCGGAUCCUGGCAGCCAUCCUGCACCUGGGAAACAUUGAGUUUGUGGAGAUGGAGUCAAACGGGCCAGAGAAGGGGGGCCUGGCAGUGGCCGAGGAGGUGCUGGUGGACCACGUGGCUGAGCUGACGGCCACUCCUCGGGACCUGGUGCUCCGCUCCCUGCUGGCUCGCACUGUGGCCUCAGGCGGCAGAGACCUCAUCGAGAAGGGCCACACUGCAGCCGAGGCCUGCUAUGCCCGGGACGCCUGCGCCAAGGCGGUGUACCAGAGGCUGUUUGAGUGGGUUGUGGACCGGAUUAACAGCAUCAUGGAAGCCCGUGGCCGGGACCCUCGACGAGAUGGCAAGGACACGGUCAUCGGCGUGCUGGACAUCUAUGGCUUCGAGGUGUUCCCUGUCAACAGCUUUGAGCAGUUCUGUAUCAACUACUGCAACGAGAAGCUGCAGCAGCUGUUCAUCCAGCUCAUCCUGAAGCAGGAGCAGGAGGAGUACCAGCGCGAGGGCAUCACCUGGCAGACUAUCGAGUAUUUUAACAACGCGGCCAUCGUGGAGCUGGUGGAGCGGCCGCACCGGGGCAUCCUGGCCGUGCUGGACGAGGCUUGCAGCUCCGCGGGCCCCAUCACCGACCGGAUCUUCCUGCAGACCUUGGACACGCACCACCGGCACCACCCCCACUACACCAGCCGCCAGCUCUGCCCUACAGACAAGACCAUGGAGUUUGGCCGAGACUUCCGGAUCAAGCACUAUGCCGGGGACGUCACGUACUCUGUGGAGGGCUUCAUCGAUAAGAACAGAGAUUUCCUCUUCCAGGAUUUCAAGCGGCUGCUGUAUAAUAGCACGGAUCCCACCCUGAAAGCCAUGUGGCCGGAUGGACAGCAGGACAUCACGGAGGUGACCAAGCGUCCCCUGACAGCCGGCACUCUUUUUAAGAACUCCAUGGUGGCCCUGGUGGAAAACCUGGCCUCCAAGGAGCCCUACUACGUCCGCUGCAUCAAGCCCAAUGAGGACAAGGUCCCCGGGAAGCUGGACGAGAGCCACUGCCGCCACCAGGUCUCCUACCUCGGGCUGCUGGAGAACGUGCGGGUCCGCAGGGCUGGCUUUGCUUCCCGCCAGCCCUACCCUCGAUUCCUUCUCAGGUACAAGAUGACCUGCGAGUACACCUGGCCCAAUCAUCUGCUGGGCUCGGACAAGGCGGCUGUGGGCGCCCUCCUGGAGCAGCACGGGCUGCAGGGGGACGUGGCCUUUGGCCACAGCAAGCUGUUCAUCCGCUCCGCCCAGACUCUGGUCACGCUGGAGCAGAGCCGGGCCCGCCUCAUCCCCAUCAUCGUGCUGCUGCUGCAGAAGGCCUGGCGGGGCACCCUUGCGAGGUGGCGGUGCCGGCGCCUGCGCGCCAUCUACACCAUCAUGAGCUGGUUCCGGCGGCACAAGGUGCGCGCCCACCUGGCAGAGCUGCAGCGACGCUUCCAGGCUGCGCGGCAGCCUCCGCUCUACGGCCGCGACCUCACCUGGCCGCCGGCCCCCGCCGUCCUGCAGCCCUUCCAGGACACUUGCCGGGCGCUCUUCUGCAGGUGGCGGGCCCGGCAGCUGGUGAAGAACAUCCCCCCUUCGGACAUGGCCCAAAUCAAGGCCAAGGUGGCCGCCAUGGGGGCCCUGCAAGGGUUGCGCCAGGACUGGGGCUGCCAGCGGGCCUGGGCCCGUGACUACUUGUCCUCGGCCUCCGACAACCCCACAGCCUCGGGCCUCUUCGCGCAGCGACUGAAGAGCCUUCGGGAAAAGGAUGGCUUUGGGGCUGUACUCUUUUCUAGCCAUGUCCGCAAGGUGAAUCGCUUCCGGAAGAGCCGGGACCGGGCACUCCUGCUCACAGACCGGCACUUGUACAAGCUGGAGCCGGGCAAGCAGUACCGGGUGAUGCGGGCCGUGCCGCUCCAGGCGGUGACAGGGGUGAGCGUGACCAGUGGGCGGGACCAGCUGGUGGUGCUGCACGCCCGGGGCCAGGACGACCUGGUGGUCUGCCUGCACCGCACCCAGCCGGAGCUGGACAACCGCGUCGGGGAGCUGGUGGGCGUGCUGGCCGCCCAUUGCCAAGGGGAGGGCCAGGCCCUGGAGGUCCGCGUCUCUGACUGCAUCCCGCUGAGCCAGCGCGGAGCCCGGCGCCUUGUCUCCGUGGAGCCCAAACCCGAGCAGCCAGCCCCAGACUUCCGCUGCAGCCGCAACGCCUUCACCCUCCUCUGGCCGAGCCCCUGAGCCGGCUGCACCCAGCUCCUUGCCCCGGGUCCCCACCCCUGCUGAGGUCUAGGAUUGCUCCUAGACUGUCAGCUCACUGUCCAAAUAAAGUCUGCUGUGUCCA